AUGUGGUGUCAAUGCGUUAAGUCUUACUUGUUAAAGGGUAGAAGUUUUUGGUGCCUCAAAGUUCCUAGUGACCCUUCCUGGGUCUGGAGAAAGCUUCUUGAUUUGAGAAGUAUUAUUGCUCCCUUGAUUAAAUAUAAUGUUGGUAAUGGGAAGGCAACUUUCUUGUGGUUUGACAACUGGCUCCCUCUUGGGCCUCUUUUUAAUAGAUUUGGAGACAGAGUUAUUUCUAACUCUGGGAUCCAGAAGUUUGCUAAAGUGGAGUCUGUUAUCUAUGGAUCUAGGUGGAAAUGGCCUGUGUGUCGUACUUGGGAGUUGAAUGAGAUUAAGGCUGCUGUCCCGGCAGAUAUGAAGCCUUCUUUAGUGAAUGAUAAGGUGGUGUGGCUACCAUCUUCUGAUGGGCAAUUCUCCAUUAAGUCUGCUUGGGACGAGUGGAGGACCCAUGGUUCUAGAGUUGUUUGGGCUAAGAUCCUGUGGUUCAAGUUUCAUAUUCCUAGAAUUAGUACUAUGGUUUGGGUUGCUAUACGUAAUAGACUAAACACUCUUCAUAGGCUUGUUGUCUUUGGUACUAGCAACUCUUCUAUUUGUUGUCUCUGUGGGAUUGGGCUUGAGGACCAUAAUCACUUGUUUUUUAAAUGCCCAUUCUCUUACAAAGUUUGGAAUGGUAUGCAGGUGGUUCCUCCCAAACUCUAUCCUAAAAUCAGGUCAAGGAUAACUUAUUGGUGGAUGCAGCUGUCUCUUCGUAAUUGGUGUGAGGUGUCUAAUCAGUUUCCCAGUGCAUGGUGGAGUCCAUAUAUGUGGGUUGAGUGUUGUUUUACUAAUCCUCCGAGUUUGUGGAUGAGUGUUGUAGGUGCUGUGGAUGCUGGCAGAUCUACGGGUUUUCUGGAUGCUAGUAGCAUGCAAUUUG